AGUCCCUCCCAGCCCUCGCCACCCUCCUUUCUCUGCCUUGUAUUCUGAGCAAUCCUUACAAGCUCCACAAGCAGAUACACACAGCUCUGAAAGCCCAGCAUAGACAAGAUGCCAAAAACAAUUUGGACCUGCCUUGUCCUUGUCUCACUCUUUCUCGCUUUAACAGAAUCAAAGAAAGGCGGGAAACCCAAAACUGGUGGAUGGGGUAGUAAUAAUGGGAACAGCCGGAACCCAAGCUACCCAGGAAACACAGGCAGCAAUUGGAAUCCCAGCCAAGGUAAUAGAGGUGGCCAGAACCCAGCCUACCCAGGAAACACAGGAGGUAACUACAAUCCCAACUACCCAAAUAACCCUGGAAGCAACUGGAAUCAAGGUGGAGGCAACAAUUAUAACCCUGGAGGAAGCAACUAUAACAAACAAUGGAAGCCUGACAAGAAAAAAACCAACAUGAAGAUGGUUGCUGGUGCAGCUGCAGCAGGAGUAGUAGGGGGUUUUGUCCUAGGGAGUGCCCUUAGCAACAUGAGAUACCAGUUUGGCAAUGAUAUGGACAAUCGAUACUAUAACAACUACCGCAACGAGAUGCCCAACCAAGUCUACAGGCCCCAGUACCAAGGCAAUUCUUAUGUUCCCGAAGAAAGGUUUGUCUCUGACUGCUUCAACACUACCUUGACUGAAUAUGUAAUCAAACCAAACGAGGGAAAGAAUGCCAGUGACAUAAAUGAAACAGAGGUCAGGGUCAAGAGUACCAUCAUUCGGCAGAUGUGCGUCACUGAGUACAAGCGUUCACCUGAAUAUUCCAACUAUAAUUCUGGCCUGAAGAUGUUCUUUAGCUCAAGUCUUAUCUUUUUCAUCUCCUUCUUUGUGUAUUUUGUGGUGCAAUGAUCUGAAACAUUGAUAAAGGUUAAUAUGUAUAUAAAAUUUGAAACAAUACAGAUAUCCUGCUCCACUGCCUAAGCCAAUAUUUUCUCUACAGAUUCCCUGUAUAAUCUUAGCUUUGGGAUGCCCUGAAAUAUAUGCUGUGUCCUUUGUUAGUGUAAACAUUACCUAUCACAGCUGUGCGACAAUAAAAGCAGUGGUUCCAUCAGUCAUGCGUAGAUACAGAUCUACCUUACCAGGAUCGUAAGAUCUAUAUGUCUUGCAACAAACUUUUUGUUUAUUAUUGUCAUGAACCAACAAAAACUGCCUUCUAUGUUUGCAUGUUCUUGCCCCAUUCCUUUAUAUCACCUGCCUGGCUGACAAGCACCAUCACAACCUUCCAAAGUAGCCAUCUACUUCUUGGUCUCCUCCAUUACUGGACAUCCCAGAGACAAACUGUAGAAUGUAUCCGUUACCUAAGGCUGCUGUGGAAAAUGCAGCAUCAUUGUCGGUUUUUCUUUCAGUUCUCAAUUGCAAUUCAUACAGAUUGCAGAAUGAACAGAUAUUUUAUAUUUACA